AAAGUGACUGAAAAGUCCCGCAUGUUCUCCUGCCUCCGCUCCGCCGCCGCAACAACCAUUUCCUUCUCUAGCCGCCGCCUCCGAUCCCCUCCCGAGGCUACAGAACCAGUUCAUCCAGGCGCGAAUGGCGGCGGCGAGGAGCCUGCUUCUGAGGCACCUCCGCUUGGCGGCGGCCCCGUCAGCGGCGUCCGUGAGGCCGACGGCGUCGUUGCAUGAGGCCCUGUGGGGGCAGCGGUGGAUGUCUUCGGAGGAUGCCAAGGGCUCUUUCCUGGACAAGAGCGAGGUCACUGAACGCAUCAUCAAGGUCGUCAAGAGCUUCCCGAAGAUCGAUGACCCCUCCAAGGUGACACCAGAUGCCCAUUUCAAGAAUGAUCUUGGCCUAGACAGUUUGGAUGCAGUGGAGGUUGUCAUGGCCCUGGAAGAGGAAUUCAGAUUCGAGAUACCUGACAAUGAAGCUGACAAGAUUGACUCCGUCAAAGUUGCAGUUGACUUCAUUGCCUCACACCCGCAAGCGAAAUGAUAAAGAUGCGUUGCCUGGUAUAGCAAAGCUAUAUCGUCAUUAAUCUCUGUUUAUGAAGAAAGUUCAGUUUGAAGAUGUACACUACCGUGCCCAUUUGGAUACUUCUGCUGAUGCUACUGUCCUUUUUGGAACGAAUUUUGCUACUGUGGAUUGUCUGCACUAAAUAAAAUGUUUGAACCUGAGAAGGAACUUGGAUGCCGUUUGGUUCACGAAAU